CGCCUCUCCCGUUAGUUCUGAUUGACUGUUUACUUCAAAAGUCGAAGGAAGUCCGCCUGAUGGAGUGAGUACCAGUUUAGGUUUAUAAUCAACACAAAAAUAUGCAUGGAUGAAGAGAAGUAAACAGAGUCUGUUUAACACAGGACUGAAUCGUUACAGUGAACACCAUGGAUUCUGAGAAGGGCUCAGAUACAACAUUGGAGUCGGUUGAAACAAUGACUGGGUUGGAGGUCAAACUGAUUUCACUGGUAAUACUGCUGCUCGUGACUAUGCUAUUUGGGUUUGGACCAUUCUUCAUGAUUAGGUUUUCAGGAGUGCUUGGAAUUGCACCAGGUACUUGCCGAAGAAAUAUGAGCCUGGUGAGCUGCUUUGCAGGUGGAGUGUUCCUUGCUACAUGUCUUUUGGACUUGGUGCCCGAUUACCUGGCUGGAAUCACAGAAACAUUUAACAAUCUUCAAGUCACUCUUGUGUUCCCUCUGCCUGAGUUCAUCAUGACGAUGGGUUUCUUCUUAGUGCUAAUUAUGGAACAAGUAGUGUUGGCCUACAAAGACCAGUCCCUUGGUUCCAUAGAUGAGAGGCGUAAUCUGCUUGUAGCAUCAAACAUUCAGUCUGGUAACUCGCAUGAAGCUGAAAGGGACAGGGAUGAAGGUGUUCAUCUUCAUGUAGAUUUCAAUUCCCAUUCAGCAAUACGCACUUUUAUCCUUGUGUUUUCAUUAUCUCUACACUCCAUCUUUGAAGGUCUUGCAGUUGGACUUCAGAAGCAGACCGACAAAGUUCUUGAAAUCUGUUUGGCGCUGCUUAUUCACAAAUGUAUCAUAGCUUUCAGUUUGACCUUCAAGUUGGUGCAAAACCACCUGCGACGUGGUGUUGUGGUAAUGUGCAUUCUGCUGUUUUCUGUUAUGUCACCUCUGGGGAUUGGUUUGGGUAUCUUGCUGACAGAGAAUACCAGUAGCGUGCAUCAGCUUUCCCACUGUGUCCUCGAGGGCAUUGCUACUGGAACGUUCAUAUAUAUCACCUUCAUGGAAAUACUGCCACAUGAACUUGCAUCUUCUGAACUGCGCAUCCCAAAGUUGGCCAUGUUACUUCUAGGCUUCACUGUCGUCACAGGAGUCCUUUUCAUAAGGUUUUAAAAAGAGAUGCCUCUUACAGUGCACAACAAUAAGGGAAUCCCUAAUCUCAUGUCAUCUGUACUAAAGUGUAAAUGAGAAUUUGUAUUGUUGGGUAAAGGAGCUUCUUAUAAAUUCAGCAGUCGGAAGUGUUAAAAAAAAAA